GCAAUAACCCAGAAAGUGACGCUGUUCGAGGCCUGGUGCUCGAGGUUAGGAGGGCGCUAAGCGGUGCUGGAGGCAGAGGCGCUCAUAGUGAAGGCAGCUCCAGUGAUAGAGACAGGUGUCAACUGGGUGACGACUCUCACAUCCUCAGUUCAGGCGACAUUUGCCAAAUGGGGAGCAAGGCUAUGGAGGGCGCCUCUAUAGGCGAGAGAGUCAUCGACAGGGAGGCAGGCGAGAUUGGUAGGGAGAUAGAUGAGACUGGGUUGGGCGUGCCUAUCAGCCCAAGCCUCCGCUCCAUGGACUAA